UGAUUUUGUUUCAAUUUUUUGACAGACAUGAGAAAACCAAAGCUUGCAGCUGUAAUUGCAAAACAACUUUGCAAAUUCCACCAGGUGGAAAUUCCAGGUUCUAAAGAACCUCAACUAUGGAAUGACAUCUUCAAGUUCUUUGAAAAAGCAUCAAGCCUCAAGUUUGAUGAUAGCGAGAAGCAGGAAAAAUACGAGACAAUUUCCUUUACUGAAAUUCAUCACGAGGUCACUGAGCUCAAGGAAUUGACAGACCCCAUUAAUGCCCCUGUUGUAUUUUCUCACAACGAUUUACUUGCUGGGAACUUAAUGCUUAAUGAUGAUGAAGAGAAACUUUACUUCAUCGACUUUGAGUAUGGGUCUUACAGUUACAGAGGUUUUGACAUUGGGAAUCACUUCAACGAAUAUGCUGGCUAUGAUUGUGACUAUAGCUUGUACCCAAAUAAGGAUGAACAGUACCACUUCUUCAGGAACUAUUUAAAUCAUGAUCAACCGCAUGAGGUACCUGACGAAGAUCUUGAAGCUUUGUACGUGGAAACAAAUGCAUAUAUGUUGGCUUCACACUUAUACUGGGCAUUAUGGGCUUUAAUCCAGGCAAAAAUGUCUCCAAUUAAUUUUGAUUAUUUUGGCUACUUCUUCCUGCGAUUCAAUGAAUACAAGAAGCAGAAAGGCAAGUGUUUCUCGUUGGCGCAAUCUUACCUCUCGAAAUAUGAGACUAAAUAAAAACAAAUCGCUGCCAUCUGUUUGAAAUUAAUGUAGAAUCCCCAGUUUCCCAUUUUUUGGCGUUGUGUUGCUCAUAUGUUCGUCAAUAAUUAUUUUCAUUUGUUGUACCACAUUCAUACCACACUACAAAGAAUUGCGUCGUUUUCGCCUCUAGAAUAUGAACUAAUUGGCAUUGUGAAAGGCUGGAAGUUGAUUUCAUGCCGUUAUGGUGGGAUUUCCAUUUUUGGAUCUGCCAUUGCAUUUAGCAAUGAAUAGAACAAAGUAGCUGGAAACAUUCUUAUAGCUGACCCCAGAUUUAUUGGGAACAAUAAUUAUUAUUGUUGUUUUUUGUUGAGAUUCAAAAACAACCUUUGGAUC